AUGCACUGGGCAUAUCAUCACUACUAUAUCAUGCACUGGGCACAUCACCACUACUAUAUCAUGCACUGGGCACAUCACCACUACUAUAUCAUACACUGGGCAUAUCACCACUACUAUAUCAUGCACUGGGCACAUCACCAUUACUAUAUCAUGCACUGGGCACAUCACCAUUACUAUAUCAUGCACUGGGCACAUCACCACUACUAUAUCAUGCACUGGGCACAUCACCAUUACUAUAUCAUGCACUGGGCACAUCACCAUUACUAUAUCAUGCACUGGGCACAUCACCACUACUAUAUCAUGCACUGGGCAUAUCACCACUACUAUAUCAUGCACUGGGCACAUCACCACUACUAUAUCAUGCACUGGGCACAUCACCAUUACUAUAUCAUGCACUGGGCACAUCACCAUUACUAUAUCAUGCACUGGGCACAUCACCCGUACUAUAUCAUGCACUGGGAACAUCACCAUUACUAUAUCAUGCACUGGGCACAUCACCACUACUAUAUCAUGCACUGGGAACAUCACCAUUACUAUAUCAUGCACUGGGCACAUCACCCGUACUAUAUCAUGCACUGGGCACAUCACCACUACUAUAUCCUGUACUGGGCAUAUCCCCUGUACUAUAUCAUGCACUGGGAAUAUCACCCGUACUAUAUCAUGCACUGGGCACAUCACCACUACAAUAUCAUGUACUGGGCUUAUCACCCAUACUAUAUCAUGCACUGGGCAUAUCACCCGUACUAUAUCAUGUACUGGGCAUACCACCACUACUAUAUCAUGCACUGGGCACAUGACCAUUACUAUAUCAUGUACUGGGCAUAUGACCACUACUAUAUCAUGCACUGGGCACAUCACCAUUACUAUAUCAUGCACUGGGCACAUCACCACUACUAUAUCAUACACUGGCCAUAUCACCACUACUAUAUCAUGCACUGGGCACAUCAUCACCAUUACUAUAUCAUGCACUGGGCACAUCACCACUUCUAUAUCAUGCACUGGGCAUAUCACCCGUACUAUAUCCUGCACUGGGCAUAUCACCCGUACUAUAUCAUGCACUGGGCACAUCACCACUACUAUAUCAUGUACUGGGCAUAUCACCCAUACUAUAUCAUGCACUGGGCAUAUCACCACUACUAUAUCAUGCACUGGGCAUAUUGCCAUUGUGCUAGGAUAUUUGUUUUCUUGUUUUCCUAUGUAAGCAAUGCCCAUGAUUAUAGGUGUAGAUAUCUGCUUUAG